CCUCCCCAGUCUACCCCGUCAGCGCCCCCUCCUUCCUCAAUUUAAACAACGGAUCCCAGCAGCGCAUGCAACCAUGGGAACGCGACUUCAAAUGGGCAACGAACGGCUGUUGCGGCAACUUGUCGAUUGCUUGGAACCUCUCUCUCUGGCGCUCAGUGUUGCGCUCAUUACGGAUGUCGUGCAGCAUGACAGAGAGUUGAGCAGCUAGUGGUAGAUGUCGGAUUGUUCAGUCCUGUCAGGUAUAGAUACACCCUCAAGUCGAGAGAGAAAAAUUGAAGUAAAAGCUGUGGCCAUGCACGUCUCGCUGCCAUUGCCGACUUGGCCCAGGGACCCUCUUGUGGCCCGUCCUCGCCGCUAAGCCUGUCACACGCACGCACCUUGAGAUACGCGGAUACCCUGCCCCGUUGGCUGUUGGCUGUUGGCCUGUUAGCUUGUUGCACCCAAGUCUCCAAGUUUGAAGAGGGUCCCUAGACCCCCUAGCGACGUCACUUGCCCCCCUAAUUGCCCCGAUGAGGAGCAGAAACCCAUUGUUGUUGCUGGACAACGCUGAUGGAUCUGUACAGCGUAUGUAGAUUGUAGUUAUUGUCGUAGGCGCUGUAUUUCUCUUUUUGCUCCCCAUUUCCGAAGCAAAGCCGUUCGCUCUUCUGGAAGCGCCAAGCCUGCUGCUUGCCCUCGUUGCCGAAACCCAACCCCAAGACCCCAAAGUCAAAAACUGCCCGCGCCACACUUUAGUGCCUGAAACGCGACAACUCGACCCCCGUCUGGCUGGCGUUCGGCGCAGUCGUGCCUACCUAAAUACCUGGCCAAGUUAGAGUACAGAGUACAGAGUACAGAUACAUAGAUGUUGUUCGAAUCGAACGUCUACAGAGGAAGCGACGUGGAGCUGGCUCCUACUGCUGCUGCGCAACGACCACCGAAUGCGGCUUACCCCUGUCUAUCCAACUAUCCCCCCGUCCUGAUUGUCGUGGUUGUCCUGGACGGCCUGCCUUGUGUGUCCUCUCUGCCCGCACGCAGACACUCUGCUACGGGCUCAAUCAGCUUGAAACCGCGCCGGCCCAGCUUUUUCAGCAAAGUCGUGUCCUCCCUGACCUUCGAUCGAACACAUCCCUUCUUCUCAUCCUCUCCCUCUCCUCCAUCAAACGCAUUUGACCCCCCUCCCUUGGGCCCUUCUCCCGUCACACCGAAACCCGUCAGGCACAUUGAGUUGAGCACUGACCCGCGCGCCCACACACCACACCGUAGACAGGCACACGCUGCUGCGCAUUCCGCCCGCACCAGCAGUGUACAAACAGCCAGCAACCUCCUUGAUCACCGCACGAGCAAACCCUACGCAUCUGUGGCACGCAACCAGGGUACUCGCAAGGACCGAUCCGACGACUGCGAUUCUGCGACUGCGACUGCAACUGCAACUUUGCGACCUGGAUCCGAACUGUCCCAACUUCCUCCCGUCCUAUCCACUUUCCAUCUCGACCUCUCGCUCUGUCUCUCUCUCUCUCUCUUUCGAUCUCCUCUUCACCGCACUCGUCUACGACGUCCCCGAGUGGUCAAUACAUCCCUUCCUCCCCCAAUCUGCACAGCACGUCGCAUCCGCAGCAAGCCAACACCUAGAAACAUAUCCCGCUCUCCCCGACAGACGCGACUCGUCUCCCUGAUCCAUAUCCAUAUCCACCCACGGACUCUCCUGGUCAUAGACAUCAGACACUGGUUCCUUUAACUGACCCCCCA